GGUCAGUCUGUGCAACUACGACUCCGCUCUGCUGUGGUAGUGUUACGCGUGUUUUUCAUGUAUAAAUGGCCUUUAAAGUAUUUACCAGACUCUCCGCGGUGACCCUCCGACUGAAGUCUCCUCCGGCCGCCUUCAGUGCGCUGAGCUCCGGCUGCAGUUUAACGGUGGAACACGACCGACACAACCGGCGCUUCACCGUCGCUCCGGGCAGCGGGGCUGACUGUGCCGUGCUGCUCUACCGGUUCACCGGGGAGAAGGAGGUGGACCUGAUGUCCACCUUUGUGCCGGAGGCCUUCAGGGGCCAAGGUGUUGCUGCUCUUCUGUCUCAGGCCGCCAUGGACUUCCUGGUUGAAGACGACCUGAAGGCUCACGUCUCCUGCUGGUACAUAAAGAAAUACAUCGAGGACAACCCGCUCCGCCGCUAUGAACGACGCGUCAUCGCUUGACUGAAGUACAUCCUGGGAUGCUGCUACCUCAAAGAAACAACAACAACAACAACAACCUCGUGUAUCGUCAAAUGGAUCUGUGCACAUCAUGUUUUAUAUUCUAGAGACGACUGAUUUAAAAUCAUUAAAAUCAGGCACAUGUAAUUCAUAAAGAUUUUAAAGAGACAUUUAAUUCGAGGUAAUUGUGAGUAAAUUUAAUUUAAAUCUCCUGAAAGGAACUCUGGGUUUGAAGAUGUUUGUCAACCUGAAAUAAAUACUUUAUUUUUUAAAUAUAUGUCAGAUUGCAA